AUGCCGUUCCCUGCGGAAUGGCAAGGUUAUUCACCAGGACUCUAUGCGACCGACAACAACCUCGACUUUGAGAUGUUCGAUUUUGAAGUUCAGCGGGAUUCACAUAUGGGGUCGACACCGAUCUCCGAACCCCCGAACAUCAGCCAAGACCCUACAGAUCUAUCCAUGGAAAAUCCCAGGGAGAUGACUCUUCAGAGUCCUAUGCCGGCGUCAAAUCCGACUCCAGUCAAAGGAAAAAGAGUCCGAACAGGAUGUCUUACAUGCCGUGAGAGACAUCUCAAGUGUGACGAAGCCGUGCCCGAUUGCAUGAAUUGCCGAAAGCGAGGCCGUGAAUGUAAAAGGGGAGUACGUCUUAACUUUCUGGAUGUCAACCUCCAUCGACCUGCUGCUAUACCAAGUCCCGGAGGCUGGGAAGUCGAGUUCCAAGAUGAAUCGCGGGACAUUGCUUCAGAAUAUCAGGGCGGACUUGGACGAUAUGCGCCUUACGCUUCUGAAGUUGUUGAAGACAGCGAUGGCCGAUACGAAAGAGUGAAUUCAGCCACGGCAACUCAUAUUCAGGGUAUAGAUGCAUCAGCGGAUAGACUUCAAACUGGUGCGCGACACCAUUUCAACUAUUCUCAGGAUAACGCCGCAGCUGGACCUUCAGAAAACUCAAGAUUUGAAACAGACACCGGUAUCAAGCUUGAGCUUAACGAAAAUGAACAUGGGACGCUUAGCGACGCGUCCCAUAUAGCUACACCAUCGUCAUCAACAAAGGCUGUUGUAACCCCACGAGCAGAAGUAUUUCCAGAGCAGCUGAUGGCGAUGAGGAACCGUCCUCUGGCACAACAAACUUCAACAGAAGAGGUGGAAAACCUGGUGAUACCCCAGCUGGACACACCGCCUCGAAUUCAAAGGCCACUUGUUGAACAAGCCUUCGAGGAUGACCAUGUGCAACCCAAAGCAACCCAAAGCAACGAGCCGGUGGGCCGCAACAUAUUGACAUCAGCCGAAGAAAUCCAUUACAUGCAAGUCUUUGUCGAAGAAGUUGCUGUCUGGAUGGAUUCGUUCAACCGGGAGAAACAUUUCACCCGAAGCAUUCCGUAUCACGCACUGAGGUCGACAAUGCUCCUCAAUGCUCUUCUGGCAUGUGGUGUCAAACAUACUUCUCUAUCUGCCCCGGAGAAUCAUGAAAAAGCGCUGUUCUACUACAACACCGCGACCACGCAGCUCCUUCGAAGUCUCCAGAACCCUGAUCGAAAUACUGCCGAGUGUGCCACGACAGCGAUCGUUCUGAAUGUAUACGAGAUUAUGUGCGAAAAGCCUGCCCAGCGUAUGAGCCACAUAGCAGGUUCGCGAGCUCUUGUGCGCGAAUGCGGAUGGGACGCAAGGAGUACAGGGAUUGGACUGGCCUGCUUCUGGUUGAACAUAGGAAUUGAAGUUCUCAAUUGCCUGGCAACAAAUUGGCAGACAACGUGGAGUCCCGACGAAUGGGGAAUGAACCUUGGAUAUCGUAACAACAACCACGAUGACGAGGAUGAAGACGAGCAGACAUGGGUACACCGUGCGCUCUUCAUCAUUGCAAAGGUUGCGAACUUCCGAGCGACUGCGUCCCGACCCGAUGACAUUAGCCCCCAUAACGAACAAAUGUGGACACAUCCCCUGGAAUCUCCAGCGUCUUCACAGAGGCUGCGAUUCUUGCAGCUGCAGCAUGCCUAUCAGGUCUGCGGCAUUGUCGCCCAUACCACAGACAAGGGGGUUGCUACAGUUUCGAUCCGUUGCUUGGCAAUUGCAGCUGCUGUGCUGACGAACCCAAAUGAACAAGACGAGAUCCUCGAGAUCCUUGACAGGUUCAAUAGCACAAAUGGCUGGCGUUUGGGUGCCGUUGAGAUGGAACUCAAGAGAGAAUGGGGUUGGGAGCGUAUGAAGAUGCCCACCUCGAGCCCGAAAACAGACAACAGCCAGGAUUCAGUAAUAUCAGCGGUCCGGAGAGCCUCCAUGUCCUUGACACCGUCGAGAAUUUUGACACCGCCUGUCAUGGGCCCUGUGGGAACGAAAACACCGGUCAACCCAUUGAGCUUUGCCGAUUUCAAGCUACCCAACCAUCCGUACCAGAAUUGGUAUGAGCCACCAAGUCGAUCGAGCUCGUUCGAUCCACCACCACCAUAA